CCUUCUUUUUUUUAUUUUUAUUUAGGUUCCUGUCGCAGCUGCGGCAGACGUUUCCCCCCACCCCCCCCCAGAGCCGCUGCGGCCCCCUUCAGGCUUCCCCAGCAGGGCGGUAGCGCGGGGCCGGGCCAGCGGCUGCGGUGGGGUGCGGCGCCGAGAGGAGCGCGGAGGGAGGGCGGGUGGCCGGAGGAUCUCGGCGGCGGGGCGCCCACCAUGCCUGCACGCUUCUCCGAGAGCCGCUCGGGGCGGCUGCUGCUGCUGCUCUGCCUCUGCCUUAGCCUCCCGGGAGGGAGCCCCGCAGAUCUGGCUGUGACACCACAGGAUGCCAAUCAGACUCAAGAGAACUCUCUGACUCGGAUGCCAACUGGACUUAAAUCAUCUCCUGAGCCCAUGACAACUGCACAAACUGUGAACCGGCAAACCUGGGGGGGCAGCAUUUCAGAUCACUUGACACUUGGACCUGAUGCAUCUACAUCUGGUCCAGAUCUUACCACGAUGGAGUUCAAGCAGGACACCAAGCUGAACACAUCUAAUGGCCUUUAUGUGGAGUAUGAGGUACUCCUUUCUGGUGAUUCUGGUACUGCUGUGGUAAAAAAUAUCACUUUGGACAGUGCAGUUAAAAUUGAGCUCUCAUGCAAACUGGAUGAUAAAUAUUCCUCUCUGAAAGUGCUUCAAGUGACUUGGAAGAAGGGAAAUGAAACAAUUGAACACAUCAAUAAAACAGAAAAUAGCUGGAGCAUCCAAUUGACAGUCUCCGAUAACAGUAAGCUGGGAAGUUACAGUUGUACUGUGAAAGGUGAAGAAGAAUUCAGUGUGGUAUUUCAUUUACAAGUACCAAAAAUUGAUGUAAAAGACAAACCCGUAAUCACUUAUGAAGGAGACGCAGCUGUACUGGUUUGUAAAAGUCCCGGUUAUAGUCCCAUUUCUUGGACCUGGCAUAUGACCAAUGGAAGUGAACAGAUUGCCAUUAAUGACUCUUUGCUGUUGGACAAGUAUGUAAUAAAUAGAGUAUUUCCCAACAUAACCCAACUGAAGAUACUGAAGCUUACCAGUAAAGAUGACGGUGUAUACUGGUGUGAAGCUGCUUUUGAACUAGGAAAAAGUAAAGGAAAACUGAAGCUUAAAGUUCUGUCACUCAUGGUGCCACUCAAGCCCUUUCUAGCAAUAGUGGCUGAAGUUGUUGUAUUAGUAGCUGUUAUUUUCCUUUUUGAGAUAUAUUCGAAAAGGAGAGAGAAACGUGCAGAAGUUGAAAGAGAAUUUGACCAAAUUGAGCAACUUAAAUCAGAAGAAAGCAAUGGUGUGGAAAACAGUAGCACUAGACACAGAAAAGUUUAAUCUGGUUCCUAGAAAGGAGAUGAAGCCUACAGAAGCGGAAAUCAUCACAAAGCUACAGAAGAUAUAUGCAGCCAUGCAUUUUAAACAUCAACCAUGCUUCUACAUAGACUCUUCUACACUUGUGAGAAAUAUGAUGCUUUUAAGAUAGCUGUGAAAUGGCUCAUUUUAUACAGAUAAUGAAUUCUAAUAUACUGCAUAUAGACUCUUGGUGUCUGUAACAUUGAUGUUUGUCAUUUACUAAACGGCAGUUUGUAUGUGGUCAGAUUUUGUAUUGUUUUGUGACUGAUCUGUUUAAUUUUGUCAUAAAUUAGUACUAUGCUUGCUUUUACUGAAUGAACAGGUAAUAUAGAAUGGGCUUAUUAUCAAAAAGUGGAUAUUGAAGGCUUGUUAGAAAGCUGGACUUGCAAGAUCAAAAAUCUAUUUCCACCAAAGAAAAUGCCUUUUACUAGCAUAUAAAGCAAAUGUGACAUACAGCCAUUUUUACCAAAGAAAUGGUCAAAGGGAAAUCUUUAUCAUGGCUUUAAAUGAAACAUCAACAGUUUUGCAACUUUCAGUGAACAGGAAAAUGUCUUCAUUGUAACUUUUGCUUAGCUUUAUUUAAUUCAGAAGGAAAUAUAGAUAUGUUUUGAGUACUUAAGAAUUUCUUUUAAGAUGUCCUGCCAUAUGCCUGUGGUGCCAGACUAUUUCCAUAUAGGCUAAGCACUUGAAUACUGUGCAGAUUGGGUGUUUCGACACUCUUUCAGAUGAAAGAAGCAAUGGGGAUACAGUACCAUAUCAAAAUAUAACUGAAAUAAUUCCCUACACUUGCACAAAUGUAGACCACAGGAUGUGUGAGAUUUGCAGAACCAGUUCUGACUAUACGUUACACAGAACAAAGAAACUUUAAGAAAUUCACCUAUGUGGUUCGUAACAUACACUGUGCAAUUAGUAUUUCUACUUGCUUCUGCUUAUGGUGUUGCUUGACAAACUCGUAUCAGAGAACAGCAAAGGUGUUGAACAACUAAAAAUCCUAGGGUAAUACAAUAAAGCAGCAUGAGUACCACUAGUUCUGUUCACACACAGAAUUGUGGUACUGUUUAAAUUGUGCUAUUGUUGUAGAAAAGUUAGCUGCCAUAAUAAAUACACCAAUUAAUUGCAUUAUAUAUUCAGCAAUUGAAAAUGCGCAACUAAUGGAAGAGCAAGCAACUAAUAGAAAAAGAGUAGAUUGCAUUAGUAGCCUUUUUAUUUUUGCUAAUCCAAAAGGAAAAAUAGAAAAUCUUAUUUUGUGGACAGGAAAAAGUGGACUUUCCAAAAGCAUUUCUUCUCCUAACAAAGAUGUAAGGAAAAAAACAGGCAGCAUUUGCGAAAUCCCUAGUCAAGUGAAAAGAAAAAAAGUAUAAAUUGCAUUGCCUCAAGUGGCCAUUUCUUUUUGAAGACAGAAAAAGGUAAAGGCUAGCAUUGGCUGUUUUGUUAGAAAUUAACAAAAUCUAGUCUGAUCAGUACUUUGCUACUUUUUCACAUUUAUUUAGCAGCCUUAACAAUUAAAGGUUAAAGCUUGAAUACAAAACAAUGGGAAGUAUAUAAACAUGAAAUGAUUGUAAGGGCUGAAUACUGAUAAAGAUUUCCCUUGAUAAGAUACUAUGUUUAUUAUAUUUUGCCAUGGAGUUUCUAUGCACUGUAAAAGACAAUGCAUUUACAGGUUUUUAUAUGAAUUUCUUAUUGAUAGAACAGCAUUUUUUUUGCUACAGCAAGUAAAUGUUUGCAGGUUAAAAAUAACUACUUCUGUAUGUUGAUAGCUUGAAACAUAAUUUUAAGUUUAUUGUUUGUUACAGAAUAUGGAUUUUUGUAGGAAAUGCAGUAGUAAAAAAAGUUUUUUUUAAAAAAAACAACAACAACAACAAAAAAACUAAAACAAGGCUAGGUACAAUCCAAAAAAGCAUGCUAUAAGGUGGGGAGGGGACAGGGAACUUCUAAUCAGAAACGGGAACAAUUUGUUUCUGCCUUAGUUAGCAUUCCUGCAUGAUUUUAAAAUUGUGGUAUGAGGUCUUGGUCACCCACAGGCAUGUUACAUGAAUAGUGUUUUGCCUUAGUAAACAAGGGCUGCAGUGACAGGAAGCAGGAACCAGAGAAUGUGAACUGUGUACCUUAGAUCUAUGAUGUGUUUCUCCUAUCAGCACUGUAUUAGAGUCAAACUGGCUGCAGAAACUGUAGUUUGAUCUUGACCUGCCGCCAGCAUGUUUUGUUUGCUCUGUUUCCAAGGGACUUGAUGUUUUUUGGGUUGGUAAUUAGGCUUAUUCUUCACGUCUGCCUUGGUUCAGACCUUCUAGGUCCAUUCCCUUACCAGAGGGGAAUAAUAAAAAACAGAUAUUAAAUAAUUAGCGUAAGUAACUGAUAUAACUCUAAAGGCAAAACUAACUUUUUUAGUUCAGAUACCAUGAAAGAAGCUCUAAGGAUCUAUAAAUACGUAUCUCAUGAGAAAUAGUUAACACAUUGUAUAUAUUAAAAAUGUUCCUACUACAGUUGUUUUACCUAUGUUUUAUUAUGCAAACAUAGCAUUUAACAAAACAAAAAAGGCCAUUAAUAAAAAAAAAAAUCAGAGCCAAAAACAAUUCUUAGGUUAUUUUCUUCAAACACAGCAGUUAAAUCCAAGUGUAAGGAUCCAGAGUAUUAAUUCUAGUAAGCAAGCAGUCAUCUUUAACAACUAAGUUAAACUGGUAGGGUGAUUCAAACCAUUCUAUUUGUCUGGUAAACCUUGUCUGCCUGGAUCAAAUCCUUGUUUGGCAAGAAGUGAUAUAUUACUGUUUGCCAUACCAACAAAAAAAAAAAAUAGGCAUUUUGUGGAGGAAAAGAAUUGUACUAGUCCUUGAAAAAAUGCUAAAAGGCCAUGGUUCCUGAUGCUUUGACCUAUUCACUGAAAAUCCCUCCACUUCCUGUACAUCCAGAGCAGCUGCAAGACCAGACUCCUAGUUAAGUUGUGCAAAUACUGGACAAAUUUACUAGACUGUGAACUUGCAUAAAACCAUAUGAGUACUUCCUAAGGACCAAGACCUAGGAAUUAACUAAUAGUGGGCCAGGAUAAUUAAGCUAUUAACUGUAGGUCUGUUGAUGUACAAUCCUGAGAAAGAGAAGAAAAAAGCCAUCAGUAUUAAUGUUGAUACCAAAAUCUGCAUUUGUGUGCACCUGUAAUUGUUUUUCAGCCAAAGAAAACAAGGUUUAUAUUCUUCCUUAUGUAUUUAAAACUUUCAACACUGUUGACUGAGCAACUAAAAUUGGAAAUAAACUUUCUGAUUCUAAAAGAAAGUUGAUCCUUGAAAACUUCACCAGUUUCACGUAGUUUUGCAGUCCUGUUAUUUUCUUUUCCAGAACACACACACAAAAUGCAUUGAACUACAUACGAAAUACGAUAGUCAAAGUUACAAGGCUUACAACUUUUUACCAAAGUGAUCUUUGAAUUGUCUAAAUUUAUUGUUGACCAUGUCUGAGCCUUUUUUUGUUCUUGAAUUUUAUAAGACUUCAAACUUCUAAUGUUUGUUCCAUCUUAGCCAAAAUAUAUAUAUAUAUAUUUUUCUUAAAGACAUUGUCUGGUUUGUUCUUCAAUUAGCCUUCCAUUUAAGAAAAUAAAGAUUGUAUUAUUUUUCAUUCGUAGGGUAGUAUUUCCAUCAGCUGACUUGCUGAAUUAUUUUCAAGUUGACAUUAAGAGUUCUGCAACAGUGCCUUGAAGGAAAGAAUUUGUUUACCAUAGUUAAGUUCAUUUUUUUCUCUUUUGCAAUAUGUUUGUUAAGAGUUUCAGAGGAAAUUUGACAGCAAAAUCUAUUUUUCUAUUAAAAGACUACUGAGCCUACUGCUUUUAUCAUGCUUGCCUUAUUUUACUCUGAUUUUAUACUCUGUGCUCACUUGACUGUUUUAUUGUUUUGCCUGAGCAGUAAGAUGUAUACAGAAAAUGAGUAUCUUCUCCUAUAUGUUUAAUAUAUAUGCAAUAAGGAGAAUAGUUAUAAGUAGUAUCAAACAGCAAUAUUGUACUUAGAAAUAAUUCCAAUAAACUUAAGAAAGAA